AUGUAUCGUUAUUCGAUUUUUCACCAUUAUGAUCAAGGUAGUCAAAGGUUUGAAGAUCAAACAAAUUUCAAAAUACGUGGCAGGGUUCAAAAAAGCUUCAAAAUGGGCCCUAUUUAUCAGCCGACAGAUGUUGUACUGGCAAAAGUGAAGGGCUAUCCGGCUUGGCCCGCAAUGGUGGUACCGAAUGAACUUAUACCGGAAAAUGUUCUUAGAACCAAACAUCAACAGAUGAGCAAACGCAAGACUGCGGCUGAUGAUGAUCCAGCCAACGGUGAAGAAGAUGAUUUAGAUGAUGACGAUCCGAGUAAAUUCAUUGUUUAUUCUGACAUUUUGAAGUUUAAGAAAUUCAGUACGUCAAGACCGCAAUACUGUGUCAAGUUCUUUUGUGAUGAUUCCUAUAUUUGGGUUAAAAGUGCGGACCUUAAACCGUUGACUUUGGAGCAAUGUAAUGCUUGGCUGGCGAAACCAUCGUCAAGGAAUAAAAAGUUGAUACCUGCGUUUGAAAUGGCCAGUAAAGGUUCAGAUGGAAUCGACGUCUGGGAAUUUAUAGAGUACGGGUCAGCCGGCAAACCAGGAGAAGAAGAGUAUGUGGAAUCUCUAGAUGACGAGGAGGAAGAGGAUGUUUCGAUAGAUGAGAACAGUGGCGAAGAGUACGAGGAAGGUAGAAGAAAGAGUACUAGGCAAAAGCACAAGCGAGAAAAACAGGAAUCCCGCAAUAAACGAGCCACACGUUCAAGAAGGCAAGCUAAUGAAUCUGAUGAUGAGCCGCUGGAGAGUGAAGAUGAAGUGAUAGUACCAAAGGCAAAGAGAGCUAAAGUAAAAGUAAAGAGCAAAGGGAAACCAUCGAUUCCAAAAUAUAAAUAUGAAGAUGACGAGGAUUGGACUCUUGUCGGGAUGGGUCCACAGGAUUUAUCCAUUCAAAAAUUUGCAAGCCCUUACGCAAAAACUUUAACUCAAAAACGGCAGUUUGAUGAUCAUGUUGAGACAAAGUUGGAACUUGCAGAUAGAUUGCAUGGCAUCAAUAAACUAUUGCUCGACAUUCUUAUUCCGAAUGAACGGAAGGGCCAGAAUUCUAGAGACGGUUAUGAAGUACUUCUAUAUGAGUUGAGUGAGGCAUUGUCAACAAGAGGGUUUCAUGAUAAAUUUUUAACCAUCUUUCAAUCGAACAACGAGCUACUCUCAUACUUCAGGCUUCUGUUCAAUAUGAAGGGUGAAGAUUUGAGAAAAUGGGAUUUAUGGGAUGAGCUCCAACAAGAUUUUGAGUCCAUCUACAGGUACAAAUUUAUACCUGAUCAAGAGGAAUGGUCGAGAGAAAGGCAGCUUAUCGAGGAAGUAGAUGAACUUAUCGAAGAGAAUGGUAAAGAGGCAAUCAGGACAAGUGACAUAAAACAAGAACAGGAAGUAGAUACCGCGAAUUAG